GGCUGCUCUCCAAAGAUUCUGAAAAUGGAGCCUCUAACAACUACUUAUCCUCUGAAAUACUCAGUGCCCAAAGCCAGGGUCUUUGUUGUCUUUCUGUCAAUGGUUUUGUGUACUGCCAUUCUCUGCCUGCUGCAACACAGAUUUUUUAAACCUAAAACCAGAGAUUUUUAUUCUUUCGAAGUCAAGGAUUCACGAGGAAGAACCAUUUCCUUGGAGAAGUACAGAGGGAAAGCAACUUUGGUUGUAAACGUGGCCAGUUACUGCCAGCACACAGACAAAAACUACAUCGCACUGCAAGAACUACACAGAGAGUUUGGCCCCUCCCAUUUCACUGUGCUGGCUUUUCCCUGCAACCAGUUCGGAGAAUCAGAGCCUAGUUCAAGCCAGGAAAUAGAGUCUUUUGCCAAAGGAAACUACGGAGUAACUUUCCCUGUUUUCCACAAAAUCAAGAUCCUAGGAUCAGAAGCAGAACCCGCCUUUAAAUUUCUAAUAGAUUCUUCAAAGAAAGAGCCUCGAUGGAAUUUUUGGAAAUACCUUGUCAGCCCUGAAGGUAAAGUUGUGAAAUUCUGGAGACCUGAAGAGCCUAUAGAAAAUAUCAAGCCAGAAGUCGCAUCAUUAAUUAAGCAGAUUAUUGUGAAAAAAAGAGAAGAUCUAUGAAAAAGCCAUUUUUUGCAGUAAAUCCAUUCAACAACAGCCUUACUACAUUCCUGUAAAAUGCUGCUAGAAGCUAAACCAUCAGGUGAUUUUACUUCUCUUUGAUGUUAGUAUUUUCAGCUAUACUAUGUCUGUUAAUGUUGGACUGGUUCCUGUAAUGGCCUUGAGAAUCACAGGAGGCUACUGAGAAUAGCAAGACACUCAGUACCUUGCAGGGAUGGAUCUUGAAAUUGCAUAAAGUUUUGAAUGUUUCUUUAUGUUACUGACAGUAGCUAAUUAAAGUCAUCAAGAGCAGGGAGAUAGCUAAAAAGAAGAGGAAUUGUUGAUAAAUUACUCUGUAUUUGCACAGAAGAAUUUUGUUUCUUAUCCACCAGAAGCAAAUAGAUUUUGAUAUUCCAUUAACACGUAAAUGCCCUGACUGAAACACAUGGGGCCAGAUGCAUCACAGGAGGGAUUUUAGAAACAAAUGCAACUGAAAAUACCAGCUUUGCAGUAUCUUCUCAGGGAAGAUGAGUGAAUUGUAAAGCUGUCAGUUGUAAAAAACUGUACAUAGAAAAUAAAAUCAUG